AUGACAACAACGAAAGAGAACAGUCACAACACCAACAAACCCGUCAUUUGUCUGCCUCGUCACCACAGCAAAUGAUAACAAGCUUUAUUCCGCAGCGUUAAUGGAUUUUCCCACAGGUCACGAGGCGCUGCUGUUUCGGUUUUGAGAUUUUUUUCCAUCUAUCGCUUUCAAUGGAGCCGAUCAACCGUAGUUUGGUAAACUUCAUGUGGUGGUUCAUUUAACUUCCCCCCCUAGGGUCUUUGAAGCUUUAUAUUGAAAUUGAGGAUUGAAAAGUUAUGCGAAAGUUCUGUUUAGAGAGUGGAAUAAAAAAUACCAAGCUACGGAUACAUAAUGCUGCCAUUCAAGUUCACCGAGACGUUACUUAGCCUCUUGCUGGAAUGACGACGUAGACGGCGUACCAGUGCGCUUCACAACAGUAAACCUGAGCGGUCUUGAACCAGCAGAAAAUUACACUGGCAGUGGCAAAUUUAUUGUAUUACAAAAGUAAUUGGUAACUUGCACCAAUCCUAAAUGCCAGUCUCUUUAUGUUGACAACGUAAACGCUGAAUAGCAUUUGUCGUUUAGGCUAUGGCGUCACCUCCCACAAGCAUCCACCAGGCCUGGUGCACAUGCCGUGUUAGCUGGAUUAUGUGUCUCUCUGUAAGCCGUUCAGUUCGUUGAUGCUGCAGCAAAGUGCUUUUUAUUUGCACUUCGUUUUCUUGGUUCCCCCCUUUAAGGUUGGUUAUGUGAUUUGCGCGAGACGAUGAGUUAUUGGGUAGCCAUUGAGGGUCAUGUCGAUGCGAUAAGGCUGCCUCUGAAUGGUGUGGCGACGGCUUGCAAUAGCGCAGGCAAGCACGAAAGCCACUUGCUAUUGCAAUCAGUUAAUCUAGUUCCCGCUCUCGGGUAAAAGGCCUGGCUCCUAAAUGGAUGAGACCAAAUAUUUUCAAUAAUUGUCGUUAAAUUGCAACUUUGGGGAAGUUACACUUUGAGCAAUGACUCGAGACCGUCAGCUCCACUUCAAAACGGGCCAUAGGGGUACACAUGAUUUUCUGGCCACCGCUGAUUCCAACAUAUGAUAGGUAUUGCAAAAUAUGCACCCAAGUUAACCUACUAGAAUUAUCUUAACAAAGACUUAAACAAAAAGCAGUGGUCUAAAAGCAUCUUUCGUAUAAUUUAUGCAAGCUCAACUUCUUUGCGUUCAAGGGCGAUGGAACGUGCUUUACCGGCUAUGAUUCCAAUAUCCAUCCCUGAUAUAACAUGAUGUAUAUAUUGUCAGGCAGACAGUUUAGUUCCCACAGCAAGCUUUUAUAAAGCGAUGCUUGACAACCAAUUUCUAUGGAACUGUCCUUGAAAUGGAAGUUACAUUUGGCCAAAAUAAGAGUGUACUAAACAUUACCACAGAGAGUAAACAGUGGCGUCACUCACGGCAACACCAGUGGCGCCAAACGGCGCAUACAUGGGCUGGUCCAGACCGGCCGGCGGAAUAUGCGAAAGUACUUUAUCUCAGGCAGCCUGGUUGGGCGCGAACGACGCAAGAGGUGGCUAUAAUGAACUUGGGUGGCGGUUGCUACUGUCGCUCAGUUGUAGCAACGGCGUCACAUGCGACGGAGCAGCCGAAAACGUGUCAAGAUCUUUUACCACGGAUCAGCAAACGUCACACCCCAAAGCAGAAACAUGAAUCCUCUCGUCACGUUCACAAAUUUCACAAUUCUUCUCAGCUGCUUCGCUGGACUGAACGCUCUCACCUGCCAUUCAUGCUACAGCGUACCUAACAGCGACUGCGCGGACCCAUCCACGGGCAGUUACUCGGGCAACUACUCCACCACCUGCGGCAGCGACGACAACGCCUGUUCUAAAACCGUGGGCAAGUUGGACGGGUCAGUCACGAUCACCACCCGCAGCUGCUCCUCCAGUUGUGACGAAAAAUGCGUCUCCCUUGCUGAGAAUGCUGAGAAUUGUGAGUACUGCUGCACCACCGACAACUGCAACGGCGCAAGUGCGCUGACCUUUAGCCUGGCAACCGUGGCUGCCACCAUCUUGGGCGCACUUGCGGCACAUGACGUGUAGAUCUAUUUGCAUGUUCGGGUGUGCUGAGUGGGCACUGGGUGGCAGUGGUUUGAAUGUGUGUGUGUAUGCUGUGCUCCUUGACUGGUCAAAAAAGCUCCAGAGUUACAGCUUCACCUUUGAGACAAAAUUAUACGGAGACGGGGACUGAGACUGCACUCUCUGAAAUCUGGGCUGAUGAGCAGGGUACUUGAUUGGUCUAGCGAGUCCCAGAUUAUCAGAAAUAAGCGAAGUCUUGAUCUUGUAACGGGAAAAGGAAAAUGACACGUGACCAGCAGUCUGACGUGCCGUCUCCAUUUGGUGAACGUUUCUGGUUGAAUUCGUGUGCAGGCAUUUUUGUAAUAAUGUUAGAUGUGUGUUGGUUGACUAAAGUCUCUUAUUAUUAAAGGAGAAGCCAUUAGAUUGAUUGCUAAUGUAGGCCAUUUUUUGUUCUUUCCUUUCGUUCAAGUGUGUUCCUCAUCAAGCUCGUCUUUUAUCGGAGUUGUAACGAAUCAAGAUUUUUUUUUAUUCGAGUCGGGUCAUUUUAACUUAGUGACUCAAGUUAAGUCAUUACGUUAAAAGGUCCCGUCAAGUCGGAUGAAAUAUUUAGCUUGAGUCAUUUCGAGUUACCAACAUUUGAAUAGAAACCUGUAAACAAAACCCAUUACAAAUGUUUUUGGCAUCUUUUAAAGUUUACCUCUGGAUCUAACAUCUCAUCACAACAUGUUAUUCUCGAUGAUCGUAAAAGUGACAUGAACAUUAAAAACCGGAACUGUGAGUCACUGCAAAUAUUUUUUUCGCAAAGAAUUUUUGCCUCUUUGUUUUUGAUCUUUUGUUUAACUUCCACUCGAGUCGGGUCUCGUCAUAAGGGACCCGAGUCGAGUCAUUAAAUUUGUUGCUCAAGUUGGACGAGAGUUGA